ACUCGAUCACCGUAGACUCAUUUGCUUUCCAUCUAAUCUCCUCUGCGAGAACCCCAUCCUUUUUUACGGUUUAGCAGUCAAGAAAGACUGAGCAUGGCAACAACGACAGCCCCAGCAGCCGCAAGGCAGCUAUCUCCUAAAGAAGCAGACAUACAGAUGAUGUUGGCUGCCGAGGUCCAUCUUGGCACCAAGAACUGUGAUUUCCAAAUGGAACGUUACGUUUUCAAGCGCCGCAAUGAUGGAAUCUACAUCAUCAACCUUGGCAAGACCUGGGAGAAGCUUCAGCUUGCUGCACGUGUAAUUGUGGCUAUAGAGAACCCUCAGGACAUCAUUGUCCAAUCUGCAAGGCCCUAUGGUCAGAGAGCUGUAUUGAAAUUUGCACAGCACACUGGAUGUCAUGCAAUUGCUGGAAGGCACACUCCUGGUACAUUCACUAACCAACUCCAGACAUCUUUCAGUGAGCCUCGCCUUCUUAUCCUUACAGAUCCUAGGACCGACCACCAGCCUAUCAAGGAAGCAGCUCUUGGAAACAUUCCGACCAUUGCCUUCUGUGAUACUGACUCGCCAAUGCGAUAUGUCGACAUUGGUAUUCCUGCUAAUAACAAGGGAAAGCACAGCAUUGGCUGUCUUUUCUGGCUGUUAGCAAGGAUGGUUCUUCAGAUGCGUGGUACAAUUGCUCCUGGACAGAAAUGGGAUGUGAUGGUGGAUCUAUAUUUCUACAGGGAGCCUGAGGAAGCUAAACAGCAGGAAGAGGAUGAAGCAGUUGCUGCCCCUGAUUAUGGACUCCCUGCUGCAGAUUAUGGAAUGGGUGCUUUAGCAGCUGACCAAUGGCCUGCACAAAUAGGUGAUCAGUGGUCCGCUGAUGUGGUUCAGCCACCUAUUUCUGGUGUACCUGCUGUUAACUGGGUUGAGCAAGGUGCUGUUAACGCCGAUGCUUGGGAUGCUGCAGCUCCUCCUCCAGCACAAAUAGUUGGUUCUGGCAUUGAUGCUCCUGCUCCUGCUCCUGCUCCUGCUCCUGCUCCUACUGGUUGGGAUUGAGAGAAUUGUGUUUUGACUAAUGUUUUUCUUUUAAAAUGAGCUAUUUUGAACUUCUCUAUCAUUACGAUGGAAUUGUGCUUUCCGCACUGUUUAGUUAUAGUUAUGAAGACAUCAAUCGCCUAGAGAUUUGGUUAUUUUGUGUUGGUAUCUUAUGUGAUGAAUUAUUUUGUUAUAUGCGGCGAUGACCUGUUAUCGGAAUGUUACAUAUAUGCUUUUUCGUUUUUUAAUACUGCAAUAAUGUUUACUAAA